AUGGCUAGGCAAUUCAAUAACGUACCCGAGGACUCAUGGCUCGGGCUCCUUAACUUCGACAAUACGACAAAUGCUGGAGCGAUCAGCAGCUCCCUACCCACGAUCUUGGAGUCCAACCAAGGGCAAGGACAGGCGCUGCGGGGCCAGGCAGGCGACGAACAGGAUACAAUCACUCGCCUCAUCAAGAUUGAGACCAUGCUCAAAUGGAUCUAUGGCAACCAAAUCAAGUUGCUCGAGAAAUACAUUACCAUCGAACAGAUAAUGGAGACCAUGAAAAAGAGCCUCGACGAACAGGGAGAGUGUAUCAAGGGCUCCCUCGACCAGCUUCUUACGAAUGGCGGGAGCAUGGGGUGCGGGACUGGGGACAUGUGA